CGCUCACGUCCGGAGUAAUAUUCAAUCAUUCAUUCAUCUUCUGUACCGCUUCUCCUCACGCGGGCGUGCUGGAGCCUAUGCCAGCUAUUUUCGGGGGAGAGGCGAGGUACACCAUGAACUGGUCGCCAGCCAUUGGCAGAGCACAUAGACAAACAACCAUUCGCACUCGCAUUCACACCUACGGACAAUUUAGAGUCUUCAAUUAACCUCACAUGCAUGUUUUUUGGACGUGGGAGGAAACCGGAGUACCGGAAACCGGAGUAAAGCCACGCAGGCACGGAGAGAACAUGCAAACUCCACACAGGCGAGGUCCGAUUUGAACUUGCAGCCUCACAACUGUGAGGCAGAUGCUGCCGCCCUCCCGAGUUCCACCACCAGGUCUCCUCCUCUCCUUUCCUGCCAGGAGAUACACCAAGUACUCUCCUGCAUGUCUCUCUGAUCACCUCGGCUGCAGCGGUCCAGUCUUCCGGAAGCUCCUCCCGUCCACCGAGAGCCCGUCUCACCUCUUCCCGAAAAGCCGCACAACACUCGUCCCGUCUCAGCUUCCACCGCACGGUUCUCGUCUCUGCCUUUGUCUUCCUAAUCUUCCUCCCCACCACCAGAGUCAUCUUCCACACCUACAUCCUAUGCCGUCUAGCCACACUCUCCCCUACCACUACCUUACAGUCGGUAACCUCCUUCAGAUGACAUCGUCUGCGCAAGAUGUGAACCACCUGCGUGCUUCUACCUCCGCUCUUGUAGGUCACCCUAUGUUCUCACCUCUUCUGGAAGAAAGUGUUCACUACAGCCAUUUGCAUUCUUUUUGCAAAGUCUACCACCAUCUGUCCCUCCAAGCUCCUUUCCUGGAUGCCGUACUUACCCACGACUUCUUCAUCACCCCCGUUUCCUUCACCAACAUGUCCAUUACAAUCUCCACCAAUCACGACUCUCUCUCUGUCUGGGAUCCUCAGAACUACUUCGUCCAGCUCCUUCCAGAAUUCCUCUUUCACCUCUAGGUCCCAUCGUACCUGUGGGGCAUAGCCACUCAUCACAUUAUACAUAACACUCUCAAUUUCAAGUUUCAGCCUCAUCACUCGAUCUGAUACUCUUUUCACCGACAAAGACAUUCUUAGCCAAUUCUUCUUUUAAAAUAACCCCGACUCCAUUUCUCUUCCCAUCUACGCCAUGGUCAAAUCAUUUCAACCCUGCCCCUAAACUUCCAGCCGUACUGCCUUCCCACCUGCUCUCCUGGACACACAAUAUAUCAACCUUUCUCCUAAUCAUCAUGUCAACCAACCCCCGAGAUUUUCCUGUCAUAGUCCCCACAUUCAGUUUGAGGCUCUGUGUUUUCCUCGGCUAAAAAUAACAAAUAUCGAAGCCUUCAUUUAUUAACGAUUACGAGAGUAAUAAUUAUGUUGUGCAAUUGAACAGUAUGCAGAAUUAUUAAAUUAUUAUUAAUUAUUAUUAAAAGAACCAUCCGGACUGUUAUGGACGCAAAGUUCAAAAGCCAGCAUCUGUGAUGGUAUGGGGCUGUGUUAGUGUCAAUGGCAUGGGUAACUUACACAUCUGUGAAGGCACCAUUCAUGCUGAAAGGUACAUACAAGUUUUGGAAAACAUGCUGCCAUCCAAGCGACGUCUUUUUCACGGACGCCCCUGCU